UCUGUCUUAAAUUGAAUCUUCCUCUUCUUCGUAAACAAUAAGAAAAAAGAAAGAAAGAAAGAAACAUGACAGAAGAAAUCGAUCGUGUGAACGAACUUACAGAUUUUAUCUCAACAAAGACAGGAGUCAAAGGACUCGUCGAUGCGGAAAUAACCAAAGUUCCUCGAAUCUUCCAUGUCCCUUCUUCAAUCUUAUCAAACAACAGACCUUUUGAUAUCACCGGGUUAAACCUCACCGUCCCAAUCAUCGACCUCGGAGAUCGUAACACAUCUUCAAGAAACGACGUCGUUUCGAAGAUUAAAGACGCAGCUGAGAAGUGGGGAUUUUUCCAAGUGAUAAAUCAUGGUGUUCCUUUAACUGUUCUUGAAGAGAUCAAAGAAAGUGUCCGUAGGUUUCAUGAAGAAGAUCCAGAGGUCAAGAAUCAAUAUUUUCCUACCGAUAACAACAAGAGAUUUGUUUAUAACAAUAAUUUCGAUCUUUAUCAUUCUUCUCCUAUGAAUUGGAGAGACUCUUUCACUUGUUAUAUUGCUCCAGAUCCUCCAAAUCAAGAGGAAAUUCCACUAGCUUGCAGGAGUGCGGUGAUCGAAUACACGAAGCAUGUAAUUGAAUUGGGACCUGUGCUCUUCCAACUUCUCUCGGAAGCUUUAGGUUUAGACUCUGAGAUCCUUAAGAGGAUGGAUUGUCUUAAGGGUUUGUUUAUGGUCUGCCAUUACUAUCCACCUUGCCCACAACCUGACCUAACUUUGGGCAUAAGUAAACACACCGAUAACUCUUUCCUCACGCUUCUUCUUCAAGACCAAAUCGGUGGUCUUCAAGUUCUUCAUGAAGAUUAUUGGGUCGAUGUCCCUCCUGUUCCUGGAGCUCUUGUCGUCAACAUUGGUGAUUUCAUGCAGCUGAUAACGAACGAUAAGUUCUUGAGCGUGGAGCAUAGGGUACGAGCGAACAAAGAUGGACCGCGGAUUUCGGUUGCAUGCUUCUUUAGCUCGAGUCUUUCUCCAAAUUCCACGGUUUAUGGACCGAUAAAAGAGCUUUUGUCUGAUGAAAACCCUGCAAAGUACAAAGAUAUCACCAUACCAGAGUACACUGCAGGAUACCUUGCGAACAUCUUUGAUGAAAAGUCGUAUUUGUCUAAUUACAGGAUAUGAAGUAAAGACUUGUCCGAAUGAAAGAUAGAUAUUUGUGUGUUUUAACCUACUUUGUCUCUGUUCUCGCUCUAGAGUUCCUAAACCAUUGUACCAAUAAGAAACAAUGUUUUAUACU